UUUUUGCAUAAAAAUCUUUUAUUGUUUGAGUUUAUCGAUUUUUCUUCCGCAAAAAAAUCAAUAAAUGACGUGUCAACAAAUCAAUCGUCUUACUGCUGUCUUCAAUACGGCAAUGUCCAAGGCGCUGGCUUCCGAUGAGAAGGACGACUGGAUUACCCAUUUGAAGGCAAUUUCGAAUGUUUUUACGCAGGUUUGCACUUUGUCCGCCAGUGAAGAAUCCGCUAAGAAAUUGGCAAUCAAGGAGCGUGAGGAGUGUCUCCAGGAGCUCGUGGAGCUUCGUGCCAUAGCUGAAGCCCAUGAUGACGUCAUCCAGCAGUUCCACUUGUUGCUGGCCGCGAAUCAUCAGGGAGACGCGACUUCCAGGCAGAUUUUCAAUGAUAUGAAACAAGAAGUCGGUGACAAUAUGGAAAGGAUCCAGGAGCACCGUCUUGUGGAGGCUAAGCUCAACGUGGAGAAGCGGCGUAACGAGCGGAUGGCGAAGCAUAUCAAUGAGGUGUCCAAGAAGAGUGUCAUGCAUCUCAUGGCAACCAGGUUCUACGCAAGGGAGCUGGCAGCAAUGCGACAGAUGAUGGAUUUGGUGCGCAACGCGGCAACGAUCGAGUCGGCCGUCAAAUCGAAACUGUGGGACGAGAUCGAGAAGGAGAACCGCUUGUUGCGUCUCAACACGCUUUGGCUCAUCAAUCGGAUCAACUCGUCGGACCUUGGUGAUGCUGCAUUUGAGAACGGAGACGAUUGGCAGAGCUCUCCGCGGCUCGUGAUUCUCAUGAGAGAGCAUAUCAAUCAGGGGCUUGGGCUCGAGAUUACGGGAGGUUGUGAUCAGUUCCGUCCGGUCGUGGUCACUGGGAAGUUGAAGCGGUCGAUGGCGGACGAUGAUCAGCUCCGUGUGAACGACCGUAUCUUGGCGAUCGAUGGGACCUUCGUGACCAACACCACCACCCACGCCGAGGUUAUGGAAAUGCUCGAGAAUGAGAGCGCCAAGGAUUUCAUCUCGCUGAUUGUAUCGCAAUUCGACCCGACCAAGUACCACGAGGCCCAUCCAAACGGGAAAUGUCACAAAUUUGUUAGCACACCAAUUUCGGGAAAAGCCGAUUCGGGGGAGGAUGUCUGAAUUGUCUUUUUUUUUUUGGUUGCAAAAUUUAUUUUUCUCUAAUUCUCUCCCUCUCGUACAGUUUAUAGACUUGUUUGUGUGUCUCUUUUCGAUUUUUUUUUUAUUUCUUUUUGUGUUUUGCCGCCAAUUUUUUUCGUUCUUCUCAUGAUUACCCCCCUCUGAACCUUUUUAAAAAAUAAAAAUCAGCGGCUG